AACAUAACUUUCCUUUCAACUAUUAUAGAAUUUUCCUUUUAAUCUAAAUGGUAUUCUCCUACCACACAAAAGUCCAGAUGCAACCCUCCAUUUUGCCCAUCCUGCUCGAAUUCUUUGGGUGACAACCUUCUCAAUCUCUCCCUUGCUGUGAAUUAUUGAACCAAGGUACUGGAAAUGGUUACUUGAAUUAUCUCUUGGUAUCCAAGCCUAAGUGUAUCCUGAUCUACACUCCUAUUGUUACUAAACUUACAUGUCAUAUCCUCUAUUUUAGUCAUACUUAUUUUAAAACCUCUUGUUUCUAGGGCAUUUGUCCAUAAGCUUAAUUUUGCAUUUAAUCCUUCAUUAGUUUCAUCAAUUAAAACAAUGUCACCCACAAACAACAUACACCAUGGAACUUCUUUCUAAAUAUGUUUAAAUGUAUCGAUAAGUGAAAAAAGUAAAAAAAGGGGCCAUCUUUUUUUUGAUCAGCAAGAAAUUUGAAAAUUAUAUUAAAAUGAGAAUCUGGAUAUUACAAUGACAGAAUGUAACCCAUAAGGAUUCAUUCCAAUCCCAACAAAAUUACAAAAUUUACAUUGGUGCCCAAAACAACUGUUGCCUAUGCCCCUUGCUUUGCUAGAAUGUUGGCCAUCCUAUUUGUUGUCGUUAUAACCCAUUUGAAAGUCAUGUUCAUCUCCUCUGUGAUUCUAUUUCCCUAAACUCAUGCCCAUAGAUCCAUGGCACAAGCUGCUUACUCUUGACCCAAGAAAUGAUCAGCUUUGGAUAUCCCUCUACUUCCAAGUGUUAAAAUCUUGAUUGAUUAGCAGUUCUUAACCCUUGUAGUAGUGCCAUUAGUUCAGCCUUUAGUGAAUCUCCCGACCUCAAAGGUCCUGAGACUAAAGCCAAAACCUUUCAUAUGCAAUCUCUAAAUACUCCUCCAAUACCUGCCAUUCCCGUGCUUCCCAUGGAACUCCCAUCAAAAUUUAGCUUUAUUUUAUUGGCCACUGGGGGUAACCACUCCAUAAACACCUUUUCCUUUUCUUUAGAAGAAUAUGCCACAUCAAUCCAUGCCCUUAGAAUAUCAUUCACCAAGAACUCUUUGAAUAAAUCAAGUGUCUUUAUCCAAUGUGUAGUUCUGAUUUUUAUGGCUUUAAACAAUUCCUCUUUCAGUCUACUCUUCUCAUUGAAUAUCCUCCUAUUCCUUUCCUCCCAAACAGUCUACAACUAUUGCGGGCUGAAUUGCUUUCUACAUAAUUCUUCCACUCUUUCUUGGUUGCUUUAGGAAACUUGGACUGAAAAGGCUUACUACACCCUACAGAGGUCCCAAACACAAAGCACAGUUAGACUAUAAAAACUUUAAAUUGAUCCUAAAUACAUCAUAUGUUUAUCUCUCUGUCUGUCUAUCAGUGUGUGUGUAGAUAGGCAAGCUCAAUGAUGAGUGGUCAGUAACUAGGAUUGAUGAAAGAGGGAUUUCAUUGUAGCUCUCAGGUUUGAAUCCACAAAAUUUUGCCAACUGAGCUAGCUAGCAGAUUCAAGAUUCUACCAUUUGAACAUUUGGGCCCAACUUCUAAUGGCCAUGUGCAGGUUAUCAGCAGGGAAUAAGUGAACUUGGGCCUUGUCAAAUCUCGUCAUUUAACAAUAAUUAAUUGAAGAAGUUAUAUGUGGUGUUUGGUAUCAUUUUGUUGCAUUUCUGUUUUAAUUCCGUGUAAGCACCACAUGAGGGUUUUGUGCUACUUUGUAAGUUGUUAUAAUAUAGUGGAAGCUGUACUUAACUAACCAGGAGAGGUUGCAUCUUGUGCCUCUCCUUGGGACAUUGCACUAUUCUCCUCUGCUGAUUAAUAAAUCUCAUUCAUUUAUCAAAAAAAAAAGUGCAUGAGGGUGUUAGGGAAAUCUCAAAACGAUGAUUCUUGUAUCUGGGGGUUGUUCUCAGUUCAGUUGUCCUAUGUAGCACCUAAUGGGGCCAAUAUAUUUGAAGUUACAAUAAGGAUUGUGCAGUGUGUUGUUUGCUAAAACAUCUUACUUUCUCUAUUCCUGAUGUCAUGAUUCAAGCUGAAACAUUCAAGCUUGGAACACAAUAGUACUGAAAACCAUGAUAGAUAUCAGCAAGGUAUUGUGAACGUGGGUCUUGUCAACUCUCAUCAUUUAGCAAUACAUACUUGGAGGAGUGAAGGAAGGACUUUACUAGGGUUUCUUAGGUCUUGAUUUGCUAGAGUUAAAGUGACUGGCAUCAUGGGUGGCUCUGGGAAGUGGCUUAGAACAAUAGUUGGUUUAAGAAAGUCAGAAAAGGCACAAUCUUCAGAGAAGGAAGGGAACAAGACAGCAGCUGGUGGCCGGUUUUGGCACCGGAGAAAGCAGUCUGUGGAGAUUGAUUUUGAUAUUCUUAAUGAUGAGUGUGCUCAAAACGCUGCUCUACUGACUGGUCGUGCCAAUGACCAAUCAAAUUCAGAUAGCAUCAGAUCCCCUGCUAGUUCAUUCCAAGUACAACCGGUGCAGGUUGAACGAAAUACCAAAGAAGAAUGGGCUGCCACACGCAUCCAAACAGCUUUUCGAGGAUUUCUGGCCAGAAGAGCAUUGCGAGCUUUAAAAGGAUUAGUAAGACUUCAGGCUCUUGUCAGGGGUCAUGCAGUAAGAAAACAAGCUGCAAUAACCCUUCGUUGUAUGCAAGCUUUAGUGAGAGUUCAGGCUCGUGUCCGAGCACGGCGUGUUCGUAUGGCAUUGGAAAGUCAGAUGGAAGAGCAAAAACUUAAGAAACAACUUGCACACGAGGCUCAUGUUCGAGAAAUUGAGGAAGGAUGGUGUGAUAGUAUUGGAUCUGUUGAAGAGAUUCAAACUAAGUUAAUAAAGAGGAAAGAGGCUGCAGCCAAGCGUGAGAGAGCCAUGGCAUAUGCUCUGUCUCAUCAGUGGCAGGCAGGAUCCAGGCAACAGUCAGCCCCUGCAGGGUUUGAACCUGAUAAAAGCAACUGGGGUUGGAAUUGGUUGGAGAGAUGGAUGGCAGUCCGACCAUGGGAGAACCGAUUCCUUGACAUUAAUGUCCGAGAUGGAGUGAUCAUCCAUGAGAAUGGAUCAGUAGAUGGAAAGAAUGGCACCAAAACCCAAUUUAGAUCUGCUGGGAAGAAACUUACCACAUCAAACCUACAAUCAAACAUUCAGAAAACAGUUACAUCUCACUCAGAUGGUAGUGGAUCUUCAUCAAGCAAGUCUACUAGUCUGCUAGCAACAUCCAACAUGCUAUCAGUAAAGCCGAUGCCUAAGCCGCCUCAGGAGGAGCCAAUUGAAGAAGCCAGUUCACAACCUUCUGGGGUUGGGCCACGGUCAUACAGCAAUCCUAAGGAAAGACCCACACAGCAAGAUGCUCAGGCAAAGAAGCGUUUGUCCCUGCCAUCCAGUGGUCUUGGACCAGAAACAGCCAGACGUCCAAGUAGAUCUGCCCUGGGCAGAACACCUGUGGCACAAAAUACCAUCAAGGAAAACUCAAGGCUUAAGGGAAGGCAUAACUCAAACCCCACAAGUGCUGUUCCGCAGGGAGUUGAAUUGCAGAUUUGAAUACUCACUUCGAAGGUGUUAUAUUCAAAAAAUCAAGGUACCAACAGGAGGAUCAACUGUUGCUGUCUUGGUUUGUGUAUAUAUAAUGGGGGUUCUUCUAGCUGCGAGGUGCCAUAGUGUUUCAUUUCUUAUACUUGGUGAGGUGAUAUCACUGUAGCAGCAGUGUUGAGGAGACAGGUUUGUUUUUCAUUCAAUCCACAAUAAUAUAGGGGGAGUUGGAUUCUACUGUAAUUAUUAUUUUUAACCGAAAAAGAUGUAUUGAUGUAGCAUUUAUCUGUUUAUUGCCCAGUUUCAGAACCUUUAUCAUGUAUUGAUGAGUGUCAGUUAAAGUGUUGACCUCACAUGCCUCAUCUAAUACCAUCCAAACCCUACUUGUCUCAGUAAUUUCCGUUGAUUUAGGUGUACACUUCCUGCUUCUGCAUA